AUGUAUCCGGAACCGAUAUCGUCGCCCUCGGUCAAGACAGCGACUUGGUACCCUUGGGCACCCACAACGCUAGCCGACAGCGAGGAUCAACAUCGUUCUUGGAGAUUGAUUCCCCACUCCACAGCAUCGGUCAGCCCCCCGGCCGAGCCGGGGACUUUGGCCGUCCACUCCGAAGACGAACCUCCGAAGCGAAUCGGUCUCGAGGACAUGGACGGCUCGCGAUACCUGGGUUUUGGGUCGCUCUUCAUUCUGAUGGUCGACAGCUUUCUCUUCCCGCUCGAUACCAUCAAGACCAUCAUCAUGAGCGAGAGGGGCAGCCACAAAUCGAGCGGGACAUUCCGAACCAUCGCCCGGGUGAUCAAGCAUGAAGGAAUCACUCGGUUCUGGCGGGGGCUCGGGCCGUCCGUGGCAGGCUCAUUCCCAGGGCAGGCUUCUUAUUAUCUUGCAUACGAAACGGCACAGGAGGUGUCCAAGCACAUCCUGCCUGCUGCCUAUCAGGGGGACUCGUCGUUCUGGCGUGGAUUCAUAUCAGGCGCCUGGGCCGAAGUGGCCGGUGGGCUGUUCUAUGUGCCUGCCGAUGUUGUGUCGCAGCGGCUUCAGAUUCAAAACCUGGCCGGAUUCCACCACAACUCGCGGUUGUUCAAUGGGCCCUCAGAUGUCAUUCGCAAGGUGCUGCGAACAGAGGGCCUCCGCGGAUUCUACCGAGGAUACUUUGCCUAUGUGGCAGCGUAUGCGCCCGGAUCGGCCGUGCAGUGGGGUGCCUAUGAGUUUGGCAAACCCUUCAUCCACAAGGGGCUGACUCUCUGCGAGCACUACAUCCUGCCGACGGGACAUGCUCUGCCGCACAAGGACAAUGUCGUCAACGGCAUCAGCGGCGGGAUGGCCUCCCUUUGCGCCGUCACGGCGAACAACCCGCUCGAGGUCAUCCGCAUUCGCACCCAGCUGCUCGAGAAGCGGAACAAGAAGGACGCCGAGAGUCUGCGCAAGGGAUUCCUGCAGCUGGGGCUCCAGAUCUGGAGACACGACGGAUGGAGAGGUAUGGUGCAUCGACGGGGGAGAGGAACGGAGCCUAGUGGGAUAUGCGGAUGCAGCUCGGCAUUCGCAGAUGUGCCCAGUGCGCGAAUGCACCGGACAUGCAGAUGUGGAUCCAAACGGCGACGGCGACCGAUCAGCGCUGGUGGAGGGGAGGAGGAGGAAGGGAACGUUGCGGCGAGCCCCGGUCUGACCCUUUUGCCUCUUGCUCACAGCCUUCUAUCGGGGACUGCGAGUCCGCCUGAUGGUCACUGUCCCGGGAGCGAUGGUAACGAUGAGCGGCUACGAACAGAUCAAAUCGUGGUCUGUCUGAGCCCUGCCGGAGGAUGCCGACACAGCUGCUUUUCUCUUGGUGCUUUGGGAUGUCCCAGCUGCCACGCACUAUGA